AUGUUUAUUGAACUGCUAUUUGGUAUAGAAAGUGAAAUAGAGGAAGUAAGAAAGAAAUAUCUGCUACUUGAAGCAUUACUAUCGUGUCAAAGAAAAUUUGUACAAAGGCGAGUUGCAAAGCAGCUAUGCAUAACAAAUGAUGUUAUAUAUUCAAAAAUAGAGAAAGCUAUAUCAUUACUAACACAAGAAGGUGUUGUGCUUAAUAAUGAGAUUAGUUUUGCUGAGUUUGUGACAAAGUGGCAAAAGGAUAAGGAUAAAUAUGUUCACCUAAUUAAUGCUGCAGAAAUAUAUACUGUUUGGGUGCUUCGAACAGAGGAGGGUGAAGCUAAGCAUAAGAAUAGCGUACUUUUUAAGUUUCCGCGCAAAAAAGAUUAUGAGAAUCUUGUAGAUAGGAAGGAGAAAGAUUUCUGCUCAAUUGGUGCAAAAAAUAAAAAUUGUAGUAAUGAGAGUUUCUCCAUAAAUCCUUUAGCAAUAGAAUUGACUGGUUGCCCGCUUGAAGAAAAGAUUUCAGCUAUGAAUUAUCUAAAAAAGCAGGGAUAUGUAGUCAGUGCGCUUGCAACUGCAGUUAUAGAUAAUCCGAUGGUUGCGGCUACAGGCGAUUCUAGAAAUGCAGAUGGAAAUACAUAUCAAAAGCAGCUACCUGUUGAUAUUCCACUGCUAGAGACGGAAAAUUUAUAUCAGGUGUUAAAUCUGCCAUACGGCUUUGAAAUAUAUAAUCUUUUAACUAGGUGGAAUCCAUUAAAAUUUAAGCAUUAUUUACCAAAGGAAAUAAAUCAAUAUAAGGUGUUGAUCGCAGGUCUCGGACCUGCAGGUUUUACACUUGCUCACUAUUUGUUGAAUGCUGGAUUUACUGUUGUAGCUAUUGAUGGUUUAAAAAUUGAACCUCUUGCGCCUGAAAUCUCUGGAAUAGAUCAACUUGGAAGAAGGCAUAAUUUCAAGGAUUUGAUCAUAGCUCUUGCACUAGGUGCAGGGAAGCCAAACAUUCCAGAUAUUCAUAAUGUACUGGUGAAAGGAGUGAUAACUGCCUCUGAUUCCUUAAUGACACUGCAGUUGCUUGGUUCGCAUCUAGAGGGCAGCAUAGCAAGCCUUCAGAUAAGAUUGCCAAUACUUGUUAUAGGUGGGGGUCUAACAGCUAUAGAUACUGCUGCUGAGAGUCUUGCAUAUUAUCCUCUACAAGUUGAGAGGUUUUUGCGUACAUAUGAAAAGCUUGGUCCAAAAAUACUAAAUGAUCUAAACGAAGAAAAAUUAGAGAUAGCGCAGGAAUUCAUGAUGCAUGCUGCAAUCAUUAGAGAAGCUCCAGAGAAGAAGUUAACGCUUUUGAACAAAUGGGGUGGAAUGAAAGUAGUGUAUCGCAAGUCUAUGCAGGAAUCACCCAGUUAUAGGCUAAAUCAUGAAGAAGUACAAAAAGCGCUAGAAGAGGGAGUGGAAUUUAUAGACAACAUAAUACCUCAAGAAAUUGAAGUUGAUAGAUUUCCAACUGGCACACAUCCUAAUACUACAGUUGCUCAUAAAGAUGCAGAACACUUCAAAUUAAAUGGAACACAUUUCGUAUUGGUGGACGAAAAAAACAAUCCUGUCGUUGCAGAAAAAACUCCGAAACCUAAAAAUACGUUUAUAUUAAGUGAUGCAUUGUCAAAUCCUAGUAUUAGCCAUUUGGAUGAUAUGCAUGUUUCUUAUAGUGGCAAUGUUGUUAAGGCAAUGGAUGGAAGGAGUGGCUGUACAGGUGCUUGGGUGAAUAAGGAACUUGGUCUGGUUGGGGUAAUAGUACUGAAAACUGGAGCAUCCUCAGAUGCCUGUGCGACUUUGAAAAAAGGAGAUGUUGUUUCGUUCGUGGGGCCAACUGGUACCCCAACUGAGAUACCAAAAAAUAAAAAUGUAAUGCUGGUAGAUGGUGGACUUGGAAAUGCAGUGCUAUUUUCAAUAGGCAAAGCUUUGCGAGAAAAUGAUUGUAGAGUACUGUAUUUUGCUGGUUAUAAAAAAGCAGUAGAUAGAUAUAAGAUAGAUGAGAUAGAAGAUGCUGCGGAUUCUGUUGUGUGGUGUUGUCAGGAAUCAUUGCUAAAGGUCAGAAGAAGUUCGGAUUAUUCUGCUAUUGGCAACAUUAUAGAUGGAAUUGCAAGUUAUGAUGGAACCCUCAUAAAAUUAAGUGAGAUAGAGCAUAUCAUAGUAAUAAUUUCUGAUAAAAUGAUGAAGGCAUUUGAAGAAGCAAGGCAUAGUAGACUCAAGAAUUUAUUCAAAUGGCCUCAUGUUGUAAUAGCAUCAAUUAAGUCACCUAUGCAAUGUAUGAUGAAGGAGAUAUGUGCUCAAUGCUUGCAAAUACAUGUAGAUCCUAUAACGAAAAAAGAGUCUUAUGUGUAUAGCUGCAGGCAGCAAGAUCAAAUACUGGAUUUUGUAGAUUUCAAUCAUCUUGAGUUGAGGCUUUCUCAGAACUCACUACAAGAAAAGUUUAUUAGAAAGAUGAGAUUGAAUACUACAAUGGAGGUGGGGAAAUUCUAA